CAGCUUAACCACUUUCAGCACGGCCGGCCACACUGUUCUGUGUCUUUUUCCUUCCGUUUCCCUUUCUUUUCCCUUUUCACGUUUGCGUGACGGUCGUGUAAAACAGUGUUUGCAAACCAAUCCCAGCCAUGGUGCGUAUGAACGUAUUGGCCGAUGCCCUGAAGUGCAUCAACAACGCCGAGAAGCGUGGCAAGCGCCAGGUUCUGCUGCGUCCCUGCUCCAAGGUGAUCAUCAAGUUCCUGACCGUGAUGAUGAAGCAUGGCUACAUCGGCGAAUUCGAGAUCGUUGACGAUCACCGUUCCGGCAAGAUCGUGGUCAACCUGACUGGUCGCCUGAACAAGUGCGGCGUGAUCUCGCCCCGCUUCGAUGUGCCCAUCAACGACAUCGAGAAGUGGACCAACAAUCUGCUGCCCUCCCGUCAGUUUGGCUACGUUGUGCUCACCACCUCGGGCGGCAUCAUGGACCACGAGGAGGCCAGGAGAAAACAUUUGGGAGGCAAGAUCCUCGGCUUCUUCUUCUAGAGACACCGAGUUGACACCGAAAAGAGUCUGUGUGUGCUGCUGAGGAGUUUGAUAUGUAGAUUGACGUUUUAUUUCACCGACCAUGCAUCCAACUAAUGUAUUUUGUGUAGAAGAAGCUAAUUGCGAAAAUGCUGCACAAAGUAACGCGAAAUAAAAUGAUUCAUACAUAAUAAUUUUAAUAA